AUGCUCACCGUCCCGCAAUCGGUGAUGCUGUCCAUUGACUCCAUCCCCUCUUCAUUCGUAGAUCGUUUCCCAGAAGGAACAUCUAUCCAUGGUAUUCUAGCUGCAUAUCUCACACAUGGAGAUGCCAAAUCUCUGAAAGAGCUAGAUGCAUGGCGCAGCGUCUGGCCAAGCUGGCAGGAGCUUGAAGAUAGCACGCCAAUACUGUGGCCAGCACAUCUUCGACGAUCAAAUUCAGCUUACGAAGACGAUGACAAUCUGUCUGGACCAAGUCUCCUCCCUCCCUCUGUAUCUGGGCUCUGGAAUUCCUUCGAGAAGGUACCAGUCGGCGUCGACUACGACACCAGGUAUCAAAACAUGCUCGCACAAGAGGAAAAACGGCUCAGACGCGCCUGGGAACAGAUCCUAACCGUUUUCCCUGACACAGAGUGGAAGACAUUCGCCUAUUACUGGCUCAUUAUCAACUCGCGGAGUUUCUACUAUAUAUCACCUGGAAAGGGUGAACCAGAAGACUGGAACGACGCCAUCGCCAUGGUUCCUUACGCGGAUUAUUUCAACCACGAAGAUAACGCAAAAGGUGAAGAAGUCUAUAUGAGCUACGGUGCCCACUCCAACGACUUCCUCUUCGUCGAAUACGGUUUCUUCCUCAACACCAACGCCUCAGACUCCAUCUACCUAGACGACAUAAUCUUCCAAGACCUAUCAAUUCCUGAUAAAAAAGACCUAGUGCACAACGACUCCUUCGGCAACUUCGAAGUCACGACGGAAGGCGUAGGUGCUGGAAUCGAGAUAGCCGCAUGUUUGAAAUACAUGUCGAAACGGGACUUCAGGAUUUAUAUCGAAGGGCGGUCGAAACGGGCGUUUGAUGCGGAGAAGUCGGCGGAGAUUAUUCGGGGUUGGAUUGGGGUUUAUAUUCGGGAAUGUGAGGAGACGGUUGGGAUUAUCGGGUCGAUGAUUGAUCAACUGUCUGGGUCUAGGAAACUUGGCAGGGAUAAAAAAUGGGAGAAAGAACGGUUGGAGAUGUUGCGGAGCAGGUGGGGGCAGAUUCGGGGGAUUUGUGAGAAGGCUAUGGAGGCUGUUGGUCGGGCUCAGGAGGUUGUUUGA